CUCUCUCUCUCUCUCUCUAUCUCAGUUUCUCCCAUGGCUCUCCUCAUCAAUCACCUCCUCCUCCUCCACCCGCCCAAACCCUCCCCCAUCUCCCAAACCCUAAACCCUCACCAAAACCACUUUUCCACCCCAAAAACCUCAUCUCCUCCCAAAUCCGCCCCCACCCACCUCCCCAAUCCCUCUCAUUCCCCUCUCCCCCGCAAAAAGCUCCCACCUUUUUCUUUACCCAAUUCCCUCCCCACCCAUGUCCCAAUCCCCCUCCAAUUUGCCCUAUUUUUGUCCCCUUUCCCUUCCCCUGCUGCAGCAGCGGCGGUGGAGGCCGAAUUCACCUCCGAAAAGAUAAACAUUGAGGCUGUUCUCACCUCAAUUGAUGAUUUCUUCAAUAAAAAUCCCUUCUUUGUAGCAGGGGUUACGUUUAUUUGGCUUGUGGUGAUCCCUUUGACACAGGAGUAUCUGAAGAAAUACAAGUACAUCAGUGCAAUUGAUGCUUUCCGGAAGCUCCGGGAUGUUCGGGAAGCGCAGUUGCUGGAUAUUCGGAAGAAGAAGAGUGUUAGGUUCAUGGCUUCGCCCAAUUUGAGGAUUCUGGGUAAGGAUGUGGUUCAUGUGGAGUUCUCUGAGGGAGAUGAGGAUGGGUUUGUUAAGGAGGUUCUUAAGAACUAUGGAGAUCCGCAGAACACGGUGAUCUGCGUUCUCGACAACUUUGGUGGCGAUUCUCUUAAAGUGGCCGAGCUGUUGUUCAAGAAUGGUUUUAAGGAGGCGUACGCAAUCGAAGGUGGUCUCAGAGGCAAUGAUGGAUGGCAGGCUAUCCAAGAAAAAUAUCUCCCGCCGUCUAUGCAUGUUUAUCCAAGGAAAAGGAAGAGUUCGACAUUAGUCCAGUUGGAGAUGAAUGGGAAUAAACCUGAUGCAGAGAGCAAUGAGAAUGGCCAAGCACCAGCUUCGUCUGCUAGCGCUAAUGGGAGCAGUGUGAGCACAGAAAAUGGUUAUAUAGAGCCUAUUGAAGCUGCUUCGGUAGCAAAAUCUGCGCCAAAAAGACCAUCGUCACCGUACCCUAAGUACCACGACUUGAAACCGCCAUCAUCUCCUACACCGUCGAAGCCCCAGAGUUGAAGCUGCGGAAGCUAUAGAGAACGGUGGUGUUGCACGCUUUGUAACCCUACAUCGGGUCGUUUUACGAGAUCAUUUUUGUGCCUAUGUAAAUUUGUUGUUGCUAAUCGAAGAGGAACCAUCUCAGGAGCAGUGAAGACUUUUUUCCCAGAUUAGAAUUACUACACAGUUCUUUAUUGGCCUUUGUAUUUGAUUGGCUCAUCUUGGUAAUAAAAUAAUGAUAAUUAAUUAUUA